AUGGGUCGUGUCGUUGGAUUGAGAAUGGAGAUCUUAAACCAAUCUAACUACCGGUUAUGGAAGUCAUGUAUGGAGUCAUACUUGGUUAGUGAGGACUUAUGGGAUGUCAUCAGCAGUAGCAGCACACCACCACCAAGGGGAGAUGCUGCAACAGCGGAAGCGACAAAGGAGUGGACACGGAAGAAUGCUAAGGCGGAGUUUGCUUUGAAGAGGUCAAUAUCUUCAGGACUAUUUGAGCAUGUCUCAAGAUGUACAUCCGCAAGUGCUAUUUGGAAGGCACUAGAUCAAUUGUUCAACAAGAAGAACGAGGCUCGUCUACAACUGUUAGAGAACGAGUUGGCGAAUGCGAAGCAGGGGGAGUCUUCAAUCUCAGAGUUUUUCAUCAAGGUAAAAAAUCUUUGCUCUGAGAUUAAUACUCUCAAUCCGGAGGAGUCGAUUUCGGAAGCACGGUUGAAGCGGUCUAUUAUUCGUGGUCUACGACCCGAAUAUACACUGUUUGUUACUUCAGUUCAAGGAUGA